CUUCCCAUUUUCAAACUCAUUUUGUGCUUGAUUCCAGCUAGGUCAUUAUGGCUUUCAGUGGCAAGUAUGAAGUUGCAAGUCAGGAAAACUAUGAAGAGUUUAUGAAUGUCCUGAAGUAUUCUGCUGAUGUCAUUGAAAAGGGAAGAAAUGCCAAGGUUAUUACAGAAGUGACUCAAAAUGGAAAUAAUUUUACCUGGACCCAAAUUUAUCCAGGAGGUAAAACCAUGAAGAAUGCAUUUGUGAUAGACCAGGAAUCAGAGAUGGAAACUAUGGAUGGCAAGAAAUUCAAGGCUACAGUCAAAAUGGAAGGGAAUAAGAUAGUUUGUGACUUUCCAAACUAUCACCAUACUUCAGAGAUUGAAGGAGGAAAUCUUGUUGAGACCUCUACAUGUGCUGGUGUCACUUAUAAGAGAAUUAGUAAGAAGAUUGCUUAAGACAGUAAACUUGAGUUACUGCUCUGGAAUUUAAAAAUGUAUCAUACAUUUUAAACUAACCUUUUUGUAAUAAAGGGAUAACACUUUGUUAAUAAAAACCAUCAACAGGAUACAAAAUACUUUCAUUAAAUACCACAUGACCAAUUAUA